AGAGAGCGAAAGGGAGGAAGAGGAGGAGAAAUCUUUGUUGUGAAGGAAAGCAGUUAUAGUAGUAACCGGUGCUCGGCCAGAAUAAUAUCCAUUUGAAAAGCUUGGAAGCCCUGUACUCCUAGAAAAAUGUCCUUUGUCUACAAUAUGUGAAGCAGAACACUACUGCACAGGGAAUGAACUCAGAGAUUUCUUAUUAUUGUGAGUUGGCAGGGUCCUGAGUGCAUCGGACAAAAUACUUACCGGCAUUCCUUCCAAUGCUUUGAGUGCCAAGUUCAAAUCUCACCAAGGCCAACAUUUUGAUUCGAAAAUAUUUUGAUAACCAUUGAGAAUACUACAGUAACUUUGCAAUGUGGGGCCAAAGAAAUUAAGGGUUGAAUUUUAAUGUAAAUUUUUUUUAAUAAUUUUUUUUUUUACUAUAUAUGUACUUGCAUAGCAAGUGACCUGAUCUGAGAUCGCGUGUGUGCUGGAAUGAAAACAAUUACAGCGUGGAAGGUGUUUAUAAGCCAUUUAAAAUAACACACAAAAGCCGUAUACAUUUCUGUUUUUGAUUUUAAAAUUUUCAUUCCUCCUGUUAAAUGUUUAUGCUUCUUUAAUUAAUUAUGAUAAUUACUUCAUUAUGAGCUAAAAAUAUUAAGGGUCGAAGUCUAAUGUAAAUUGUCCCCGCUGUCAUCACCUGCUGCUAUUUGGCAGCACAUUCUAUACUUAUUUAUUUUCUUACUUCAAAAUUCUUGAAAUUUUUUAGUAAAUAUAUUGAGAGGAUGCAAAUGAUUGGGAAGACUUUACCCCCUGGAAAAAAGGUUUAAGGCUCAACAUUUAAAGUAAAUUUGUUUUAUAUUUUUUAAAAUCUCCAGUCAUCAGCAAAUAGGAUCUAAUUAAUUUUUGAUUGAAUUUCAAAAAUGAAAUGAAGUUUUUUUUAUCGUUAACAUUUCAGAAUCCCCGUAUUUUAUAGCAAAUGCUUUGAAGAUAAUUGUGAUGAGGAGGUCUUUACAACAUGAAACCAAAAAAAUUAAGGUGUUUCCAAUCAUCAACAUGAACCAUUUUUAAAAUUUAAAUUUUACUGCUCUGUAAAGAAACAAAUUUCAAAAUUCCCAUGAUUCUUGGCAGAUAAUUUGAGGAGAACCAUUAUGAUGGUUAGGGUGAUGAAGGAGGAAGAAGAAGAGGAGGAGGAUUUCACUGUGUGGGGGAAACAAAAUUGAGCACCAGAGAUUGACGUGAAGGUGUGACCGGAAGCAUUUAUUUGGGCCAACCUAUAAAGGGUUACACACCUGUGGUAUGCAAAUUAGAAGCUCCAGUUCUCUGUAGCUGCUGCAUUUUUUGAGUAUGUAAACAGAUUGGCUGCUUGUUUCUCUGGGAUUGGUCAAAUUGAUGUAGAUGUCACUGAUGAAAGUUCAAUAAGGUCCGAAAAUCAAUUAAGGUUGUUCAUUUUUUUUCAAUCUACAAAGAAAUAACUACAUUAGCCCUGUUUAUCUAUAUACUACAUAGGUUACACACACACAUAUAUAGAUACAUUAUACAUACAUAUAUCUAUUACAUACAUACAUAUAUAUAUAAAUACAUACAUACACAUUAUUAUUAUGUGUAUAUAUCGAUAUCUUGCAUCAACACUUGAGGGAUUUUCUUUUUUAAUUUUGGGCCCAGAACUUAAAUAUUGAAAUAUCUUUGAUUUUUUUUUCAUUUAAUCUGGGCCUGGAAUUCGAAUAUGUAAUAUUUUGGUUUCUUGUAUUAUUCCCCAAUUUUUUAUUUUUUAUUUUUAGUUUGAAGGUAAUUUUUAAAAUUUAAUGUUAUUGUUAUUAUUAUUAUUAUUAUUAUUAUUAUUUAUUUUUGGUACUUGAUGAUAUAUAAUGCUUUGGUAUCAUUUUUGUUUUCGGGCCCCUAAACCUGAAUAUGUUAAAAUACCUUAGAAUCUUGUUUUGGAGACCUGAAAUCUGAAUAUAUAGUUUCUUGCUACAUUUUUCUUUUUUGGCUCUGGAACUUGUAAUUACCUUGCUAUAUUUUUGCUUUUGGGCCCUGUAACAUGAAUAUAUAUUAUGCCUUAAUUUCCAGUUCUGGAAACAACCAUAUAUAACAUUUUGGCCAUAAUUUUUUUUUUCUUUUUCUUUUUUUGUCUCUGUAACUUAAAUGUUGUAAUAGUGUGGCCCAGAAUGUUGAAUAUGUAAUAGUUUGGGCUCUUCCAUCUGGCCCUGAAACUGGAUUUUAUUUUGCAGAUAAAUACAAGGUUAGAUGAAUUCCAACUGAACUUCAAACCCCAACAAAAAUUGAUUUUUAUGAUCCUUGUUACCUUUUGCAAACCCAAAGAAUUAAAAGGCGUGAGACUACCCUUGGCAGGAUUUGAUCCUGGAGCCUAGAGGAGGAAAAAGAAGAAAAAAGCAAACAUUAUAUAUAUUGAUAAUAUAUUGAUAUAUAUGAUAUCAUAUUAGGAUUUGAAUUUUAUGGGAUAUCAGGAAACUGACUGAAGAAGUUAUCAGAUGUCAAAAAAGUAUAUCAAACACACAUAAAAAACACCAUGGAAAAAAUAACAAAUAUUGAGUUUUCUCAUUACAAAAACAAAAAUGGAAAAGACUACAAAUAGUGAUUAAAAAAAUUAACAAGAAAGCCAUGAUGCAAGUGAGAGGUGUUAUAUUGCAGUCAUCUCAUUGAGUUGUGUUGUGCUUAAGGAAAAUUUGAAAUAAACCAUUUCCAGAGAAAAACUGGAAUAAAUGAAGAAAAGGAUAAAAAAAAAAUUAUGGAAAUUAUAAGUGAGAGAUGCUAUUUGUUUGAAGAAAUGUUGGAUGGAAAAUUUUGAAGUGUUUAUAUACAAGCAAAAAAUGGCAGCUAUCUUGUGAAAAUAUUGUGUUAGAUGGAAGGAAAAUUUUGAAUCAUCUACACACAAGUAAGAGGUGUCAGUUAUUUUCUGAAGAAAUUUUAUUGGAUGAAAAACUUUGAAUUGUCAAUAUGCAAGUGAACUGUGCUAACCAUUUUGUGGAGAAAUGAUAUAAAUAUGUGAAAAAAUGAUUUGGAGAAAGUGAGAGAUGCCAACUAUUUAAAGAGAUCGUGUGGAAUGGAAAAAUUUUGAGUGCUCCAGCAUGGCACCAGCUGUUCCACGAAGAAAUGAUAAAUAUGAAUUUUAAAAAAUUAUGGAGACAUAAUCACAAAUGACUAUAUAUGCUGGUGAGAAAUGCCAACAGUUUUUUGGGAAGAAAUUGCGUUAGAGAAAGAUGAGAUAAAUAAGUAAUAAAAGUAAAAAUUAAAAUGUAAAAGGAAGCACAGAAACCAUUGUGAAAGAUUUUGAAGGAAAAAACUCCCAAAAUUGAAAAAUAGUUUUCCAUAAUUUAUGCCUCUCUGGUACCUACUUUGGUCAGAAUUUAAAGAUUAACUGGCCCUUUUCCCCUCAUAUAUUUCACCCUAUAUAUACAUACAUAUAUAUAUAUAUAUAUAUAUAUAUAUAUAUAUAUAUAUAUAUAUAUAUAUAUAUAUAUGUACACAUAUAUAUAUAUAUAUACAUGUGUGUGUGUGUAUUUAUGGAUUUAUAUAUCAAGGCAGUGCCCUAGCAUGGCACCGACUAUUUUGUGAAGGAAUCAUGUUGAAAGAAAAAUUUGACUGAAAGAUGUUGGAAAAAAGGGAUACAGAGAGGCAAAACUGAAAGUUAUAUAAAAGACAUUAGACAUGUCAAAGAUUUUCAAGAAAAAAAGACCCCAAAUUAUAAGAUAGUUUCCCAUGCUUUUUACCUCACUGGCCUCCUACUUCGGUCAAGUUUGGAGCGGCCCUUUUUUCACUAUAUUUUUUCUAUAUAUUUAUAUCAAUAUAUAUCAAAGGAAUGUUCUAGAAUGGCUACAGUUCAACGACUAAAACAAAUAAAGACAAAAAUAUAUUUGUACAUAUAUAUAUAUAUAUAUAUAUGUAUAGCCAAAUUGAGGGUAAAAUCCAGACUACAUAUGUUUGUUAACUAGCAGAUCAAUGAGGGGUACUCAACUAGCUAAUCAUCAGGCCAAAGAUACCUUCAUUAUAUAAAGGUGUUUCAGCUUAUCAAACUUCAGUAUGGGAAAGGCCUCUGUUAUUGUUCCUGGGCACUGAAUUCUUUUACACCUGCCACGGACUGCUCAAAGCUUACUAACUUUCUACACUUAGAUCAUUGGAUCUUAUAAUUACAAAACUAUAUUUGUACAUAUAUAUAUUAUAUAUUGGAAUGGAUUCCCUGUCUAAGAGUGCAGUAUCUGGCAUUGAACGCACUAACGAUGCCAUUGUUUCUUCGAAGGUGCGUCAGUUCAAAUGCCAGUACUGCAGCAAGGACUUCGACCGGUACAGCCAUCUGGCCAGGCAUUUGAAGAUUCACUCUGGUCUCCGGCCGUUCGAGUGCAAGUACUGCCACAAGUCGUUCUCCCGGUCGGACAACCUGAUCAAGCACGUCCGCAUUCACACAGGUGACAAGCGCUACGGCUGCGAGUUCUGCCUGAAGCGCUUCACCGACUCGAGCAACCUGAGCAAGCACAUGCGCACGCAUGCGGGCACGAGGCGCUACACGUGCACGCUCUGCUCGAAGACGUUUCGCAAGUCGGACACCCUCCGGCGCCACCUGUUGACCCACGGCGUGUCCGACGGAAAUGGCAGCACUGUUGGCGCCGACGAUGGCAAUGGUGGUAGCGGCGGCGGUGGUAGCAGUACUGAUAACAGAAGUGGCGAAGUUGCACUCCGUGACACUCUCUCCGUUGGCGGUCAUGACUGUCGUGGAAGCAACAUGGACGUCAGUGGCGACACGGCGUCGCUGUUGUCACUGAGUGACGCAGCUGCUGUUGCUGCAGAUGUGCAGAGACGACUCCAAAUGCAAAACAUCCUCCAUAUUAUCAAUAAAGAGAGGUCAUUUCCAACGAUGACCACCACCACCGCGACAACAGCAGUGUCAAAUCUGCAAGGUGCGCAGUUGCAAUCGCAACUGGAAAUGCACCCUCGGUCACGGCUGCCGUCGGUUAGUAAGUCAGAGGCAACCGCAAGGGGGAUUCUCAGCGCAAUUGGUGAACCCUCAAAUGAGGCGCGAUUGCUAGGACCAGAUGCAGGAGGUGCUGCAAGCAAGUCUUCGUAUACAGGGAAUCUUUUGCAAUGGUCCGACGGAGAAGACGAGGAGAUCGUAAAGGCCCCACCGAAGAACACGACGCUGCCCAUAGCAACGGAUGUCUUCAGCAGAACUGAUCACAUCAUAAGACAACUGUCGCAAACCAAUGAAAACAUCCAGGGGUACAAUAGUAAUAACACUAGUAGCAGUAGUAGUAGUAGUAGUAGUAGUGAUAUUAGUAAGAUGAAGUCAAAACGGAACAGAACAAGAUCAGCGAACCAUGUCAGUUUUGAUUUUGAUCAAGUACUUUCAUAUUCUGCGAAUGCCACCACACUUUCACCCAAUCCAAUCAACCGGAAAGCUUCUGGUUCAUCUAGGCCCACCUCAAGUCAUUCCAUCGACAGACUGCAUCACGUGAACAGUUUAGGCAGGGCCCGUAACCGUUUUCCGAUAACGUUCCAGUGCAGUUAUUGUGGCAUGCAAUUUUUCUCCAGAACCUCGUUAGAAAUGCACGUCAAGGGACACGUAGACGACUGUGCAGAAGAGGGAGAGGACGUGGCCCCGAUCCGCAUAAAGAAUGAAUAUGAUGAUGAUAAUCUGAGACAAGUUAAUCGUAUAAACACAUUGUUGGGAAACAGUAGCGAGGAUGUGUCAAAGAUCCAUGUAAGGAGGAGGCAGUCGGAAAACCAUGGUAGUAUGGAUUUAUUCCAAACAUCAACGGUCGGCGGAGCAACAAGCCUGAAAGACCUUGACGUAGGAUCGGCAGGCCUCCCAUAUGAGUGCCUCUAUUGCAAGGCAGCGUUUCCGAAGGCUUUAGCAUUGGCGGAUCACCUGAAAUGUCACAUCCGACGACGCCUUGAGUGUAAGAACUGUGGAGAGUCCUUCAGUUCCAGUGUCCAACUGUCGAAGCAUCGGAGACAAUGUCCGGCGCAAGAUCGGAACCAGAGACCAAACCGAAGUAAGAAUAAGACUGAUCUCAUGCAGCAGAGAUUGCUCUCCGCGAGACUUGUUGGCGGCCAACCACAGUUAGACCAUCGCACGAUGACACAAGAUAACCAGAGACUAAAUCCUGAUCGUCGUCGUCAGUUGUCGGCAGGGAACCCCGUUUCCUCGGUGAUGGUCGUAAAUCCAUCGGCGCCAAAACUGAAACAGGAGAUAAUACUGUCUGAUAGUGAGAUCGAGGAUAAUGACAUGGAGGAUAACAAGAAACGGGACAGCAUCAAAGAUCCAGGGAAUUCAAUGUUGCUGCAGCAUGGGCUGAAUGUUUUGGAUGGCAUUACAUUAAGCGCAGAGGAUUUAACAGGGUUGUCACAAAAUGGUGACCGAGAAGUUUUUGAUGCGCUCGGAAUGGUGAAGAAGAAAAGACGGCAAGGAAACAAACACAGCGCCGGUAAGGAUUUUGGUUCAACUCUCCGCAAGGAAAAAGGAACACAAGGACAGCAAGAAGAAGAAGAAGAAACGGGGAAAUUAACGGUAAUUAGUAGUAACGAUUCCACUGUUGAAGUCGAUGCAAUUGUCGCCAAAAUCCUGAGCAAUAUCGGUAAAGUAUCAGGGUGUGACUUUCGAAGGGUCAUCAAACAAGAAGUGAAAGAACCCCAAAUCUGUCGAGACCGAAAAAGAAAAGAAGGGGCCGUCGGUGGUAUAUCUACCGGUAGAUCCUUCCAGAAUUUGAUGUCUGUGGAUCAGAUUUCUUCAAGCAAAUCCAAAAUCUUUGCUAAAAGCACUAUAGUUCUUACUGAUGAUGUUAAUAAUGAUGAUGAUGAUGUUGGUACCAGUGUGGUCGAUCAGUAUAGCUCUGUUGCAGUGCCCCGGGGUGUUGUUUUGAAGACAGAGACAAGGGAGACGCUAGUCUCUGUGGCAGAUGAUGGCGGUGAUCAUAGCCAAGUGGCAGGGUUUGGUUCUGUGAGCCGUAUGGAAGUUUCCAAUAGGGCCUCACCCACUGAUAAGGGAAAUUUUAGUACGACACAGCAGAAGGAGACUUCGACAUCAGUGUCGCUUCCCUCAACGCCAUCGGCACAAACACCGACGCUGCCCGUUUCCCGUGUCGCCAUGGAUUCAGAAGCGAAAGUCACGGUGAAGAAGGAAGCGUUGACGCCACCACACGAUCGCUCAGCGAACCACGACGACUCAAUACGAAUUUCUCCAUCACACGUCCACACUGCGUCGUCGAAAGACUUCAGCAAGGGAGACAACUCAGCUAUUGGUCUCUUGACAAAAGGUUCCAGUGUCAAAGAGACCCAGGACGUUGAAGUUGUUAACGCCGAAACUAGGACCACAACUGCUGCUCCCACCACUAUUACUACUACCACUGCUACUACUACCACUUCUGAAUAUGAUGAUCAUGAUAAUAACAGCCACCAGAGCACUAGUAGUUGUAAUAGUAGCAGUAAUAACAGCUGUAGUAGCACUACAACUACUAUUGUUACCACUAGUAGCAGUAGAGGCAGUACCGCUGCUACACACACUUCAUCCACAACUGCUUCUGCUGCCAUCUCUACUGCUACCUCCGCUGCACUCAAUACUACUUCUACUGCUGUUGCUGUAGAUUCUAAUUCUCCUGUAAUCUCAGUAGUUCCUGAUACUGUUGUUUCUGACUCUGCUACAUCUACUACUACUACUACUACUACUAUUACUCUGACUCCUCCUACUACUACUACUAGUUCUUCCGCUGCAGAUUUGACCAGUUCCGCUGCAGCUGAUAAGAAAGCUGGAAGUGUGAAAGGCAAUGGAAAUAAAGAAUUUUCCUGUUCGUACUGCAAGGGGUCAGCAUCGCCCUCUGCAUCUUCAUUCCCGGUUUCGUUCUCGUCGGCCCUCGAGCUCACCCAACAUCUCCGCUGGCGCCACCUAGUGCAUGCCUGCUCGGUGUGCUCGAAGCAUUUCUCCAAGUCGACACAGUUGAACCGACAUCUGAAGAUUCAUGCCGGCAUUAAGCCGUUCAGAUGCGCAUACUGCGACCGAGCGUUCUCCCGGUCGGACAACCUCGUCAAGCACGUGCGCAUUCACACAGGCGACAAGCGGUACUCGUGCAGCAUCUGCACGAAGCGUUUCACCGAUUCCAGCAACCUCACCAAGCACUUGCGCACGCAUGCCCGCGCAGCGGCAGCAGCUGCAGAUGGUGCAACUGCAUCCAAUAAGAGCAAUAGUAGCAGGAGUGGUAGCCACAGCAACAGUAACCAAGACAACAGCUUUCCACCGCACACGUCCACAGGAAGCAGUGAAAGAGAUGAUGACGAUGAUAAUGACAGAAAACAUGACAACCAUAAACGUUUCUUGCUGGAAGCAGCACACCAUGACAGCGGAGGAGAUGACGACAAUAGCAAUUAUGAACACCCCUGCUUCCUGUCACGACAGCAACAGCAAAACCAAGAGCAGCAGGAGAGCAGGUCACCAUUGCUGUCCCCGUCUACAGAGUUGUCUCCCUUUCGGUGCAUGAUCUGCUCAAAGUCUUUUGACAGCUCGAUCGCGCUGUGUCGCCAUUUACUCACACAUGCUAAACUUGGCCAGUCUCCGCAGCAGUUGAAGACACUACUUCAGUCAGAAACAACAUCCCCGUCACCACCACCACCACCACAACAACAACAACAUCUUCCUUCGCUACCUUGUUCAGUGCCGUCCUCAUCAACAACAGAUUUAAGAAGCAUUUCUGCUGCUGUAGCUAGGGCUGCCAUUGGUACUACUAAUAUUACUACUACUGCUACUACUACCAUUUCUGUGAUACCACCGUCACCACCAUCAUCAUCAUCAUCAUUGUUAUCACUUUCAUUGCAAUCUGUCUCGUCAUCUGCUAAGAAUGCAACCUCAGCUCUGAAGAAGACAUUUGGCUCUGGGCCUACUGCCCUGUUGCAGCGUUUCAAGAAGCAGCUGCGAGACAAGUUACACCGGUGCCGCCAGUGUGGGAAGGUAUUUCUCGAUGAGUUCACCCUUGCCAACCACAUCUACAGGUUCCAUAUAACCACCAUCACUGCUGCCUCGCCAACUAUAAAAGACGGAGAGGAAGAUGAUGAAGAGAUGGAGGAGGAGGUGAAAGAGGAUGAUGACGUGGGAGAGGACAAACAGACUGGUUCGUCGGAACAUGGUCAAACUGCCCCAAUUUCCUCUCAACAGAACAUAUGUUCACCAAUGUCCUUUUCCAGAGAAACUAGCUCAGGAACCAUGUGCAGCAAGACAGGUAGUGCAUCUUCACUUGCCAUACCAGAUGAUGCUAAUUGCCAAUCCCUUUGUAAUGUCAGUCCCUUUAUGCUUGAUUACAUCAAGCAAGAAGUAUUAGAACAAGAAGAUGUUGAUGGGAAUCAGGAAGAGGAAGAUGAGGCUGUAGGAAACGCUACCCUGACAGUUGUCGGUGGGUUCAAAGUGGAGAUGGAAACUGAAAUGGAUGAGUAUCUCUACAACAGCAAUAAUAAUCCUAAUACAAGUGACCGCUAUAGUCCUCAUCAUCAUCACAAUCACCUUCAUCCUUAUAUUAACAACAGUGAUGAUGAUAACGAUAACGAUAAUGAAAAUGAUAGUAGUCAUCAGAGCCAGCAGCACCAACAACAUCAUCGUACACAUCGUCGUCUUCAUGAUAGUGACCAUCACCCGAGAAACCGUCUCUUUCAUUGCUCCCGGUGUCAGAUAUUCUUCUCCGGUGUGGAGGAGCUAACACGUCACCUGAAACUACACACGACAGGCGAGAUGUUCAGGUGUAAAGAGUGCGGAAAUCUCAUCCACGACCUCAACGUGUUUAAUGACCACCUCCUCAGAGACUGUCGAGGCAGCAGUAGCAGCAACGCUAAAACCUUCACUGAUACCGUUUCCCUUGGUGGCAAUGAGCUGACCAGCGCCGUCUCCCAUGACGAUGAGAUGGACAGUGCCAUCUCCGAUGUCAACAGCUUCGAUAAUAUUGUUUCCAAUGGCAACAGCUUGACCAAUGGAAACGAUUUAACCAAUUCUGUUUCAAAAGCCAACAGCAUACUGUCCAGUACUGUCUCUGAUACUGAAAACUUGACCACUGCCAUCACUAAUAGUGAUGGCUCAAGUAACACCAAUAUUCCCCUUGGUCACCACAAUUCAAUUAGUUCUGUCUCCAAAACCGAUAUAUUGUCCAGUGCUGUCUCUGAGACUGAGAGCUUGACCAGUGCUGUGACUAACACCAGUGGCUCAAGUGACUCCAAUAUUACUUCUGCUAGCCAUAAUUUGACCGAGUCUAUCUCAGAAGACUCUGCAAAGUUACCGUUGCAGAAUCAGUUGGAUGUGCUGCAGAGCGAAGCAAAAACUAGAUCAAGUGUCGUAUCUAGUGAGCGGUCAUCAUUGUCAUCGUCAUCACCUUGGCAUUUGCAGUUUUCAUCCCCACUGCCUUCAGCUUCUUCGUCACCGGGCACUGAGUUUGGUCCAGCCAGUUCUGGUCAGGACCCAGGCUCAGAACGGGCAGCGUUGGUUCUGUCUGUGUCUUCCCCCAAUGGUCAGGUGCAAAGACAAGGUGAAACAACGGCCGAAAUAUGUUGCGAACCGGACGACGUGCACGACCGCAGUAACCGUGGAGAUGAGCUACGUACAGCAGAUGGAAGCAGCAGUCUUGUCAGUGCUCCAAGGAACAAUAUGGUCACCACUGUUGCUAGUACCACAACAACCACCACCACCACCACCAUUAAUGUCAACAGCUGUAGCAAUAAUAAUAAUAAAAACUACAACAGUGACAGCACAAUAAAUGACAACAACAACAACAACAAUAGCGAUUUUCAGGAAUCGUCCGCAGAGAAUUUUACCAGGAAAUCCUUGGUUGACCCUUUCCAAGAGAACUUGUCUUUGGCUGUGAAGCAAGAAUUUCUACUGCCUGAUGGUAGUGCCAUGAAACAGGAACCGAAGACACCAGAACCUGACGGACAAGGAGACGAUGGCUAUCGUACCCCCACCACCUCUGGCUCAAUGAUGGAGCUGUUUCAAUGGAGGGGUGGAGACGGCGGUGCGCCUCUCAUCCCUUCCCUCGCUGCUCAUGUACGUGAGAUACCACCGGGGAGGGGUCAGUUUGAAGCGGGAAACAGUUGUGGUUCUGUCGGGGGUAUUAGUAGGGCUGAUAUCAAACAGGAGGUUGACACCACAGAAAGACCCAUGGUGGUAGUUGCAGAGGGCAAAGAUGUCGUCGAGGAUGGAAGUCUUAACCCUUCCGAACCAUUCCAGAGGUCAGCCUCUUCUGAUAAUGGUGAGCUCUUAGCUGGUACAGUUUCCCUGAAUGAGAAUUUUGUAUUUCCUUCCGCUCUCGAUGACGAAGAACUGAAAGACAUCAACUUCAAAUUCCCAUCUGCCAUCGAUGCCGCCGAAGAACUUAAAAAUAUUGACCUCAAGUUUUCUUCCUCUGAGAAUACCAUCGAUGGACUCAAAGACAUCAGUUUCAAAUCCCAAGGCGUUCGUCUCUCUUAUGACCUGCUUAAUACAACCCGAAAUCCAAAAGAUGCCCACCACACUGACGUCGCAGGAUUUUACAGCAACGCAGAUCAGGAACCAUCGAAUUCUUACUAUGAUGGGAACGGAAAUUUUCGGAAAGGAACCGCAAUGGUCCCUGACAAACAACCUGAGGCUGAGAAAUGCAUUCAAGAAUUUCUACUUUUUGAUGAGUUUGUCGAGUUCCGGAAUAAGAAUUAUUUCUCUGGUGGCAACGGUGGUCCCGAAUCGACCCUUGUUGCAGACCAGAAAUGCAAAACCAACAAUGUCAUUUGUAUUUCGGAUUCAAAUUCUAAUUCUGCAAUGUCUCUUUCCGAUGAUGAUGAUGAUGAUGGUGAUGGUGAUGGUGGUGUUCCUUUGAUGUCAGAUGGUUCUAACUACAGGGACAGCACGAAAAAUUUAGGGUUCACAAUGACGGUAGUUCCUACUGGCUCCACCAACACGCAUCACGCUGAUAACGUAAUAAUGAAACAGACCGAAGAUCUGAAGGACGUCUUUGAGAGCGUGAAUGUGAAACUCGAGGAGGAGGAGGAGGAGGAGGAGGAGGAGGAGAUGUCUCAACCCUGCGCAAGCGAUAUAUUGGUGUCGUCAUUGCCCGAGGGUGGGUUUGAGGUUGACAACAGCAAUGGAGAUGUCUCUAGGGCUAACAAAUUUCCUCCGUCUCAAUGGGAGUCGAACCAAAAUGACGGACAGUUCCGCGAUGCAAUGCUUGAUUUUCUCAGCUCCCUCAGCGACGAGACUCUGCAACUGCUUCUGCAAAAGGGAGAUAAAUGGUGCGACGAGCUCCUUCACCACUCGGUGACUGCGGCAUGGAAGCCUGCAGCGACAACAAACAUGGAUUGUCUUCCGUCCGAUGUCACCAUGACCUUAAGUGCCGGGGUGAACGAAGCAGGCAUCUGUGAAGACUACGAGGACAUUGACAACCACAUCUCUGUCGACGCUGCUGAAAGGAAGUCACAGAAUUUGUCGGACCAAGUGGCUGCUGACCUCAUCAUGGCUGACCGCCCGGACAACACCUCGUCUUAUAACAAUGACCAAUGCAUACAACAUGACGGUAACAAUACAAUGCACGGUGGUAACAAACAGUCGUCUCUGAUGACCGCAAAAGUGACUCCUACAGGAUCAAUGGACGCUGUUAACUGCAAGGAACUCAACCAGGAAAACAGGACCUCGAAAGACAAUCUUAGCCAGCCCCUACCAAACUCUUUGUCCCUUUUGUCUUAUCUUCAGCCAGCUGACAAUAAUCUGGAUUUUCCGAAACCUUACAUUAAAGUGGAACCAGAACUUGCCACAGACUCUGACUGCUCGGCAAUGGUUCCAAUCAAUGCCAAAAUUAAGACCGAAGACUUGUCCAAGUUUGCCGAAGCGAUAUCUAACACUGAUGAGCUAGCAUCCUUAUUGUCUGGUAAUCAACUCCAGGCCCAGAAUAAUGUCAGGGAAAUGCUAAUUGAAAGGGAUUUGUCCCUUAAGAGUAAGCACAAUGCUUCUCGUUUCCUCGGCAAUGUUUUCACUGAUCAAUUAGACAACAAUGCUGAUCGGAAGGUAACAUUUUCCGACCUUAAUGACGAUCACCAUGAAUUAUUAUCGUCAUCGUUACCCUUAUCUUCAUUUCCUUCCAUACCUGCUGACGAAAUCAGCUACCGUUCAAAUUCUCCCUCUUCUGGUGGUCAGCCGUUUCUGUUGAACAGCCUAAAUCACACUUUGAAUCUCGCUUCCUUUGCUGACAAAGGUCAAGCCGCAAAUACCUCUGCCAUCGACAUCAUUGCACGCAACUGUGGACUUCAGAUGGAUAAACCUUCUUUUGAUGCUGACACAACGAAGCGUCACUGGCCACAACAACAACAACAAGAUCAGCAAACCGCAUCAACAACAGCAACAGCUAUGAUGCCAGCUGACCUUAUUGCACCUUCAACGACCACAAGCUUAAUAAAGGCUCUGCAGAGGAAACAGCAGCAGCUGCCCCGCCACAGUGGUGCUCAGUCCACCGUGAAGCAAUACACUUGCCCCCAGUAUGAAUGUCGUAAAAUGUUCACCAGACCGAGUCAUCUGAAACGUCACCUGAAGGUCCACGCUGGUCUUAAGCCUUUCCCUUGCCCGCACUGUCACAAAUGGUUCUCCCGGUCGGACAACCUCACCAAGCACAUCCGUAUUCACACGGGCGAGAAGCUCUUCUCGUGCAACUUCUGCCAGAAGCGUUUCUCCGAUUCCAGCAACCUCACCAAGCACGUGCGCACGCACACCGGCGAGAAGCCGUACCGGUGCGUCUACUGCAGCCAGACUUUCACCGAGUCGAGGACCCUCAGUCGUCACAUGCGCACCCAUUCGCUGAUGAUGAUGAUGAUGAUGGAGAUGGACAUGGUAGGCGGGGCUGGGGGCAGAGUCAGGAGGGAGGCGCAAGAGGCCGGGUACGACAUCGUCGUUGGGAGCAACUGACACCUGGUGGACAGGCGGUGGCAAGGGGUGCACAUGUGGGCACAUAGUAUGUCGUACAGGUGGAGUGGAGUGUGGGCAUCAUCAAUGCCACCACCACCACCACCACCACCCACUGCUACACCUACCAUCACUGCCAAAUCCAGUGUGGUCUCUUGUCCUGCUAGAAAUAGCAGCUGAAUCUCCUUUGAGUCUCGUCCUACCAUUCUUGGUGCAUCAGGCAAUGUGAGUCCUGAUAGGAUACGCAUGGCUGGCAUGCCAUGCAUCAUAAGUCUGUCUCCUUUGGUUGACCCCGGGCUAAACAAUAACAAAACUAUCACAGCUCCUAUAUGGUUGCUCAGUGUGCUAAAAAUAGCAACUAAAUCUCUUUGAACUUACACCUUACUGUCUGAUAAAAACAAAGGACACAUUUGAUUAAUGUAUUCUUAGGUAUACAAUGCCUGAAAGAAAAGCUACACAGGGUGGUCGUGGUUGGAAAGCUUUUGAUCAUAGGUCUGCUCAGUCACAGUUAAACACCAAAAGUUGAGCCAGAAAGGAAGUCUCUUUCUGUGGUUGCUUGGCCUGCUAGAAACAGCAGCUAAAACUACCUUAAGCUACACUCUCCCAUUUCAUAAAAUAGGUCGUAUUUGAUAAUGUAGUCCCAGAUAUCCCUAGACAAGUGGUGAUGGUCGUAGCUGGAUUAUCUGAUCAACUGGUUAGAAAUAGCAGCCAAAAUCUUUCUCAAAUUACUACUGUCUUUAGAAAAAGGAAGGUCACAUUUGACAAUGUAGUCCUAGAUACAUCUAAACAAAUAGUGAUGGUCACAGCUGGAUUGGCUGAUCGAUUCGCUAGAAAUUACAGCCAAAUCUCUUUUCAGUCACUACUGAUUUAAGUGUAGUCCUAGAUGUACUUAGACAAAUGAUGGUGGUCAUGUCAAGGUUGGUUAGAAAAAGCAGCUAAGUCUCUCCAACCACUAGUCUUUAAAAAAAAGGAAGCGAAGGACACAUUAGAUAAUAUACCUAGACAAAUGGUGAUGGUCAUAUCUGGAUUGUUUUUUGAUUGUAGGUCUUCUUAAGUGGUUCCAACCUAGGGCUAAAAAGUAACAGCAGUAAGUUCUCCGUUGGAUCAAUCUGCUGCCUCUCGUCUAUCAGAAACAUGGAAACCUGAGCACGUUGAGACAAUGUACUCCUAGAUAUACCAUGGUCUGUUGGUAGUAAUAACCUGGAUGGUCAUGGGCAGAAAGUCUUUUGAUGAUAGGAUCAACUUGAUCAAGCUUGACACAAUAGCCAAAUGAGGGAUCCUGUAUGUGGUAAUUUAAUCUGCUAAAAAUAACAGCCAAAUUGCCCUCAAAUCACUGUCUUGACCUGUAUGUGGUAACUUAAUUUGCUAGAAAUAGCAGCCAAAUUUCCCAUGAAUCCCUGUCUUGACCUGUAUGUGGUAACUUAAUCUGCUAAAAAUAGAAGCAAAAUUGCUCUCUUAUCACUCAGUCUUGGCCUGUAUGUAGUAACUUAAUUCUGCUAAAAAUAGCAGCAAAAUUUUCCUCAAAUCACUGCCUUGACCUGUAUGUGGUAAUUUGACCUGCUAAAAAUAGCAGCAAAAUUUCCUUCAAAUCACUGUCUUGACCUGUAUGUGGUCAAUUAAUCUGUUAAAUACAGCAGCCAAAUUUCCCUCAAAUCACUAUAUAUAUAUAUGUAUAUAUAUAUCACAAACAUAUUUCAACUAACCUAAAUUCUGUGUGUAUACAUACACACACAUAUUAUAUAUACUUGUAUAUACUCAUGUUUUAAGUUCUAUUUAUCCUGUUUUGUACUAGCAUGUAUGUAUAUAUAUAUAUAUAUAUAUAUAUAUAUAUUAUAUACACCUUGUAUUUAUAUGUAUAUAUAUAUUUGUAUCCUAUCAUCAUUUCAAAAAAUUAAUGUGAAGAAAUUCUUCAGGACACAAUUAAAACUUUUUCUAUUGAUGAAAUUUUGACAGAGAAAAAAGCAACAAAAGUAUAAUAAAUAAAAUGAAAAAGCAAAGACAGAAAUGGAUGAGAAAAGAAUGUGAAAAAAAAGCCAAACAAAUAUUUAUGUAAAUUUAUCAAUGGACUAUCAGGAGACAUUUUGAAUAACUAUGCAUAUCAUCCUUCAUGAUUAAAAAAAAAAAAAAGAUAAACACUCAUUUUUGUCAUCUUGGGUAUACUAUUAUACAUACCUACAUACAUACACACACACACACACAUAUAUAUAUUUAAAGACAGUCUGAAGUAUGGCUAAGACAUGCAAAUUACAACAGUGGAGCCACCGUAUUCUUUGCUGAUCCACAGCGCCACACAACUAGCACAAGAUAUACUAAUUCUGUCAAAUUAUGUAUUCAAAACCUUAAUAAACUAUUUACAUAACAGCUAAUUAACAUAUAUGUCUAUAUACAUACUGUAUAUUGUAUGUCUGUGUAUAUAUAUAUAUAUAUAUAUAUAUAUAUAUAUAUACUGUAUAUUGUGUGUGUGUGUGUAUAUAUGUAUAUAUAUAUAUGCACACUCUUAUACACACACAUUGUGUAUUAUAUGUUACGUAUGUUUGCAUUUUUCUUUCAGUUGUCGCCGGAAUGUUCGUCGAAAGCGAGCGACUCUAAGUAUUUCUUGAGCUUUGUACAAAUAAAUAAUUAACCAAA